AUGACUAAGGGCUUGGGUCUUCAAGAGUACCGAGCUUGCGUGAGAUGUCGUUCUCGAAAGACAAGAUGUGAUCUGCGAAGCUCUGGAACUCCAGGCAAGCCGCCUUGCGUGAAAUGUACUCGAGAAGGAGCCGAUUGUGUACUGGCAGAUUCGCGGCGCGGAGGCAACUUUUCCCGUCUACGACGAUCAAAAAAGCGAGCAACGCCUGUGAGCGGAGCAUCCACACCUCGAAUCCCUUCUACGCAUCUUGAUACACCUUUACCAUCACAGUCAGUCAGAAAUGGAGAGCAACAUGUCCAUGCUAAUCUGCAGAACCCAUCCGAUGCUUUGUUGAUUUUGGCCCAUGCUGCUGGUCAGCCCGAGAGAAAUCAGCCAGGAUCUGAUAACAAUACGCAUUCUCCCGUAUUGUUGCUUUCUGAAGAAAGUAAUUGUUUUUCAAAAGAGCCUGACAAAGGAGCAGGCUAUAGCAAUGGCUCAGAUCUCUGUGACGAUCUCAACAACCUUCAUCCACUGCUCCAAGAUAAGACCAUCAACUUGAACCUGCUCUUCAAACUGUGUGCACUGUACAAAGACAACUAUCAUCCAUUCUUCCCUCUAGUCCCCGCCACAAUAUGGAGCUACUUGCGCCAAAAGAUACUUGACAUCGCCCUCGGAGCAGCAGGAACUCACCACAUCAGCUGCGUUGAAGGUCUCCUCUUGCUAGGCGAAUGGACCCUGCCGACCCAAACGCAAGUCGAUGAAAUAGGCAGUGAAGCGCCAUGGUCCAUUCUUGGUCUAGCAGUCCGACUUGCCUACCGAAUACGUCUAGAGGAGAGUUCAUUUCCAGGAAGUGAUAACGACCAAAACACUGAUGCCGAGCGAAAACGCCUAGCAUGA